AUGGGAAACCGAUACUACAGGUUUCCGAAGGCAUUAAAGACAUUUACUUCAUCGUCUAACGUGUUACAAAUGGCUGAAGCAAAGUCUGCUAUAAGGAAACCAGUGUUCAAUAAGGUUGAUCAGCUGCGACCUGGCACUGGUGGACAUAAUCUCAUUCUGAAAGUUGUUAGUUCGAAGACGGUGUUACAAAAAGGCCGACCAGAUGGCCCCCAGGUACCACUGAUUUUUUUGGACUUGAUGAAGCCUGAUGGUACUGUAAUAUUGCGCAAUGCUAAAAUUGACAUGUUCAAGGGGUCAAUGAGGCUUGCAGUGGACAAGUGGGGUCGUGUAGAGGUGACUGAACCAGCCAGCUUCACCGUUAAAGACGAUAAUAACCUGUCAUUGCUAAAAUUGGUUAUUUGCUAUAGGAAAGUACCGUCAGAAGAACAAAUCAAAGACCUAUUGCGCAAGAAGAACUUUGAGGAAGCCAUCUCCUUGGUGGAGGAGCUUCAAAGUAAGCAUAUAUAG